CGAUCCUCCUCCUCAGUCGUACUCACCGUGUGUACACGGACGGACGUACGCCCCGCGGUCGCUUGUAUCUUCCGCGAGCUUUCGAAUUACCUGUGGAUUGUCAGUGGCCAGUGCUAUCAAAUAUAUAACUUUGUGGCAUUAUUCUGGAUUAACCCUGAACACAUCGACAUUGUUCCCGGUCAAGUUAUCACCAACAUACAAGGUAUUAUCACGAUUACUAUCUUCACUUCGCAACACUGGCAUCAUUUGGACAGACAAACGGAAUUCAAGCGGGGUGGCGAUUGAAGUAAAAGAUUUUUGCACGCCCAAAAUCUGAAAAGGAUUACUUGUUCCAGAGGUUCGCGCUGCAAGACAUGGAUUACAGACAUUCCAGCAAGAAGAGGAGUCAGAAAUGAAACUACGAACUAGGAAGAAAGUUAUAAAAUUUUGGCACAACCUGGCAAGAUUAUAGCCAAAAUAUUUAGCACUGAAGACAUGUGAUGUAAAAUAAAUAGAUCACUCACAACUGUCAUAUCAAAACGGCAUAUCUCGCAAACUAGACGAGAAACAGACAUAUCUCACAUUUUAUGCUAGUCACCCUUUUGUGAUUAUAGAUAGUGUAAACUUUAUUGCUCAAAUUCUAUAAAAGGAAGUAUUUUCGAUUUUAGACCUUGUAGAGGUUAAUCAAACCAAUACGAAUUAAAGUUUUGCAGAAGCAAAGCAUGUGCUAAAGGCUAAGAAGUCGCGUCUAUUGGUAAAGGGACGUUGGGUAUGAAAUAUUACAGUAUGUUUUUCCUGAGGAGACGAACGUGGGUGCUGAAGGCUGUACUGAUAGUGACGGCAUUGUGGUUCAUGGUUGCGUUGCUUAUGACCAAUGGCGGUACAAGAAAUGCAAUCGGACCAGCUUUACCCUUAGAGUACGAUGAGCCUGAAGUUAAACCACUGAAAGCGGCCAAGCCAACCGCUUCAAAAAAGAAAAGUGACCCCUAUGGAAACAACAUGUCCGAUGGACAACGCGUCAAUUGGCUAGAUCGCAUCGCUGGGAGUGAAGGGCUCGGCGUGAUAGCUGCUCCCGGCUCGGACAACGCUCCCGGCGAGCUUGGAAAACCGGUCGUACUGCCAAAGAAUAUGAGUGAGGACACGAAACAAGCUGUGUCCGAGGGCUGGAAAAAGAAUGCGUUCAACCAGUACGUCAGUGACCUCAUAUCCAUCAGGAGAAAACUGCCCGACCCACGAGAUGAGUGGUGCAAACAGCCAGGCCGGUAUUUAGAAGAUCUCCCGCAGACGUCUGUGGUGAUAUGUUUCCACAACGAAGCCUGGUCAGUUUUGCUCAGAACUGUACAUUCCGUACUGGACAGAUCACCGGCACAUUUGAUAAAGGAGAUUGUACUCGUCGACGACUUCUCUGACAUGCCUCAUCUAAUGCAGCAAUUAGACGACUACAUGUCGUCUCUACCUAAAGUGAGAAUAGUUCGAGCAACGCGUCGUGAAGGUCUUAUCAGAGCCCGUCUUCUAGGGGCUAGAUACGUCACAGCACCUGUUCUUACUUACCUUGACAGUCAUUGCGAAUGCGCAGAAGGUUGGCUGGAGCCAUUGUUAGAUAGAAUCGCUAGAAACAAAACAACAGUUGUGUGCCCUGUCAUUGACGUUAUUGACGACAACACACUCGAGUUUCACUACAGAGACUCAUCUUCAGUUAAUGUUGGUGGAUUUGAUUGGAACCUCCAGUUCAACUGGCAUCCUGUGCCCGCCAAGGAAAGAGCAAGACACAUGCAUACUGCUGAACCUGUGUAUUCCCCAACCAUGGCUGGAGGCCUUUUCGCAAUCGAUAAAGAAUUUUUUGAGCGUUUGGGAACUUACGACAGUGGUUUUGAUAUUUGGGGUGGAGAAAAUUUAGAGCUGUCUUUCAAAACUUGGAUGUGUGGUGGAACUCUCGAAAUCAUUCCAUGCUCACAUGUCGGACAUAUAUUCAGAAAGAGGUCACCUUAUAAAUGGAGAACUGGUGUUAAUGUAUUGAAGAAAAAUUCUGUUCGAUUAGCUGAGGUGUGGUUGGACGACUACGCUAAGUACUACUACCAGCGCGUAGGCAAUGACAAGGGAGACUACGGCGACAUCAGCAGUAGGAAAGCAUUGAGACAAAAACUUGGCUGCAAGUCCUUCGACUGGUACCUGAAGAAUAUCUACCCAGAGCUUUUCAUUCCCGGAGAAUCAGUCGCUCAUGGCGAGAUCCGAAAUGUGGCCUUCAAAAAGAUAUGUUUGGACUCUCCAGCGCGCAAGUCCGAUCAUCAUAAACCCGUUGGAAUUUACCCGUGCCACCGACAGGGAGGAAAUCAGUACUGGAUGUACUCGAAGACCGGAGAGAUCCGUCGUGAUGAGACAUGUCUGGACUAUUCCGGACAUGACGUUGUGCUGUAUCCUUGCCAUGGGGCUAAGGGUAACCAGAUGUGGGUUUAUGAACCACAGACGAAGCUCCUAAGGCACGGGUCGAGUGAAAAGUGCAUGGCGAUAUCCAGGAAAAAGGACAAGAUUGUGAUGGAGACGUGCAACGAGGAUGAACAGCGGCAGAUGUGGCACCUCGAAAACUUCAACCCUGACAGACUGACUCCUGAAUUGACAGCCGAGUAGCCGGAGGCCUACGACGAAGUGCUGUUCAUAUAAAACAGACUCUUUUAAAUUUGGACGAACAUUCUCGAAGUUUCUAGUGCGAGUGUGACUUAAUGUUAUAAAUCACUUGUUGUCGAACGCAAUUUGUGUGCUUCGUAGAUGCGAGUUAAGUGUUUAGUGGUAAAGAUGAUAUUCAUAUGAGAUUUUUUAAUAGUGAAACUAAUGGCGGCCAUUUGGAGAGAGCUGUUGCUGUAUAUAAUUCAAUGUGCAUAUGUUGGUGUUUUAUGAACUGAAAAAAAUAAGUGGUAGUGUAAGUUUUAGUUACCUAAUAACUUUGGUAAUGCCUUUAUGCGGAGUUUAAUAUUAUUUAGUAUAUUAUUAUGCGAUGUUCUUAAAUGUCCCACGGAUUUUUCAGUUUAUAAAACUAUUGCGGUUGAGUUUAGCUAUCGUUAUGAUAUACAAGCAUAUAUUUGGAUAUAUUUGGAAAUGUAAAUGUUGAAUGUGUCACUUGUUAACCCCAUAUCACGUGGCCUGGCCUAAAACACGGACUGAUUUUUACUCAAAAUUCCUACUUUUGAUUGUGAAAACUCUCUCCCUACUAUUUUUCUGUAAUUUGUUUUUAGAUUACUAUUCUUACAUAUCGUAUGCACAAUCAUGUGUUCUCUAGACAUAAAUUAUAGUAAAAAGAGUUUCUAUUUUAGUAUUAAUGAGUUAACCAUCACGUUCUAUUUAUUUCACAUAUUUUUGUAUUGUUUAUAAAAAAUAAUGCAAAAUAAGUAUUUAAGAGUUUUAUUCGAUUCUGAUUUAUAAUUUCGAUUACCUAUUAUGAUAGAAUGAUUUUUUAUUAAUGGUUUUCAAAAAAAAAACAAUUUUUGAUUCAUUCAAAGCUGUAUUAUUUGUAUAAAUAUUGCAAUAGUAUUCUUAAUGAAGUAUUAACUUACUCAAUAGGCUUCAAUAUGUUAUGUAUAAAUAAAUGUGUACAUAUCCAAUACGUAUAUAUCAUUCGAUAUAAUAAUUGAGGUUUAAUAAAAUUAUGUAUAACUAAUUACAUAUUUAGUUUAUAGUAAAUGUUAUUGUGAUUUUUUUUAAAUUACCUAGUUAAUCAGUUUGGCUCCAUUGUAAGAAAACUGAAAUCUAAGUAGAAAAAUAUCAUAUUAAUUGUGACUUUAUAAAUCCUGAAUUUAUAUAUUAGACUUAAAAAAGCUAGUUGUUUAAAUAUUUUUAUAUAAUUUACUGGAGAAAGGAAUUUUUUAUCAGAUUAAUUUUAUAAAUCAUUUUUUUAUAAAAAUGUUUACACUGAGUUGAUUAAAGAAAAUUGUUGUACCUAAAUUC